AUGCGAGUUCUUUGUGUGGCAGAGAAACCUUCCAUAGCUCGUUCAAUCAGCUCAAUUCUCUCUGGCGGGCGUCUGGAAACACGUCCAACGUCUAAUAGAUUUAUCAAGAACUUUGAUUUCGAUUACCCGCAAACCAACUCACAAUUUACAGUAACUGCCGUCUCUGGUCAUUUGCUAGCCCACGACUUUCCAGAGGAGUACAGACAGUGGAAUUCUUGUGACCCUAUUACGCUGUUCGAUGCACCCAUUCUGUCCUCAGUACCCGCAGACAACAAGAGUAUCGAACGUAAUCUCUUGACUGAAGCGCGCAGAGCAGACACCCUUAUGAUUUGGACAGAUUGUGAUCGCGAAGGAGAGAACAUUGGGAGCGAGAUUGCUAAGGUAUGCCGGAAAUCACGUCCACAAAUCGUUGUGAAGAGAGCUAGAUUUAGUGCCAUCAUUCCUCACACCCCUGUCGAUCUUGAUGUGGCUCAAGCCCAUGCUGUCGAGGCGCGCAUCUUCCUUGACCUGAGAAUAGGUGCCGCAUUCACACGUAUGCAAACUCUUACACUGCAGACACGGCUUGCCCAGUUUCGUGAAAAGAGAGAAGUUGUCUCAUAUGGUCCUUGUCAAUUUCCGACGCUCGGGUUUGUCGUUCAAAGAUACAAUCAAGUCAAGUCCUUCGUUCCUGAAGACUUCUGGUACAUCAACUUUUCUGUGGAUCGUGAUGACAAGAAGGUCGACUUUAACUGGAAAAGGGGGCACUUAUUCGAACCCGAUAUCGUUGCUGAAAUAUACGAGGAGAUUUUGCAGAGUCCCAGUGCUAGAGUGGUGAAGGUGACACAGAAAGAUGUCAAAAAAUACAAACCACUCCCAUUAACAACCGUAGAGCUACAGAAAGCAGGAUCCAGAUUAUUAAGGCUUGCUCCCAAGAAGGUCCUCGAUAUUGCGGAGAAACUUUACCAACAAGGCUUUUUGUCAUAUCCACGCACAGAAACAGACCAAUAUGAUCCUCAGUUCAAUUUCAUGACACUCAUCGAGAAGCAAACCGUUGAUCCUGCUUGGGGAGGAUUCGCCACUGGCCUGCAUGAGGGCAAUUUUAAUACUCCAAGGCGGGGUAAAAAUAAUGACAAGGCUCACCCACCCAUCCACCCCACUGCUCAUGCAGGGAACCUUGCUGGUGACGAGAAGAAGGUAUACGAAUUCAUCACCCGGCGCUUUCUUGCAAGUUGUAGCAAGGAUGCGGAAGGCAAAGAGACAAUUGUGCAAGUGGAUUAUGGCGGUGAAGAGUUUAAUGCAACCGGAUUGAUUGUCCUCCAGAAAAAUUACCUAGAAGUAUACCCAUAUGACAAGUGGUCGGCAAAAGAGAUACCGAACUUUCAGGAAGGAGAACAGUUUGUACCUACAGUAUGCGAAGUCAAGGAUGGCCAAACUUCUUCGCCGUCCCUCCUCACUGAGGCGGACUUGGUUACCCUCAUGGACAAGAACGGCAUCGGCACUGAUGCUACGAUUGCCCAGCACAUUCAGACGAUUGUCGACCGGGAGUAUGUCAUCGAACGCAUGGAUGGUGCAACAAAACAUCUCAUGCCCUCAACGCUUGGGAUUGGGCUUGUAGAAGGAUAUAAUGAGAUUGGUUUUGAGAGAAGCUUAUCAAAGCCGCAGCUCAGGCGCGAAACAGAACGCAGCAUGGUUCGAGUUUGCGAAGGCACGAAAACCAAAGCAGACAUGCUCACCGAGAGCAUCGAACAAUAUAGGGAGAUGUAUGUUCUCGCAAAAAGAGAGUUCGACAAGGUUGUAUCUAGCGUGCGCAGGUACAUUGAACGUAACGCAGGGGCAAACCAGGGUGGCGGCGGUGGCAAUGGUGGUGGUGGCGGCGGCGGAAGGGGUAGAGGUGCAGGUGCAGGAAGGGGUGCCGGUCGUGGAAACAAUGAUGAUAAUGAUAACGACAAUGGAGGUCCCCCACCGGGAGGUGCCGGCCGUGGUCGCGGUCGAGGGCGACCACGCGGACGGGGCACUGCAGCUCCAGCAUCUAGAGGCCGUGGACGAGGAACUGCUAAGACCGCCCCACCUCGACCUUCCAACGAUAUUGAUGCAGCUGCUCCCCGGCCUAACCCCUUGCCUUCUUCAAGCAUGACGCCCGAAUGUGAAUGCGGUGUUCCAUCUCAGCGCAAAACAGUUACACAGAAGUCAGCUCGUGAAGGCAAGGAGUUCUAUGCGUGCGGAGUCGGUGAAGGAUGUGGGUUUUUCAAAUGGUGCGAUGACGGACCGGUUGGUAUGCCUGCAAAUCCCAUGCCGCUGGUCCCAGCCAAGCGCGCAUUGGCUAGCGAACGUUCGGUGGACACCGUUGGACGACAAUGUCAAUGUCGUGAAGACGCAGCACGGCGUACUGUCACCAAAGAGGGGCCAAAUAAGGGACGAAUAUUCUGGGGAUGUUCCAAAGGAAAGGACGCCGGGUGUGAUUUCUUUGAGUGGGACGAUGAAUUACCCAAACCUAAGAGUGCUGCUACUCCACGUCCCAUGUCGUCUCGAUCAGUAACCCAAAACGACUCAAAUUCCAGUAGCGGAAAGUGCUUCAAGGUUCGUGUGCCCACGUAA